AUGUCGUCAAACACUCAUUCACCGUGCGCUGCGUGCAAGUUUCAACGGCGAAAAUGUACGCAAGAAUGCGUGUUCGCCCCCUAUUUCCCACCAGACCAACCUCAAAAAUUCGCUAACGUUCACACCGUUUACGGUGCGAGCAACGUCGGCAAGAUCCUGAACGAACUCAAUGUUGCAUACCGUGAAGAUGCAGUGACGUCAUUGGCCUAUGAGGCAGAGGCUCGUCUUCGGGACCCAGUGUAUGGGUGUGUUGGUUUCAUCUCAUUUCUCCAGAACAGGCUUAGGCAAGUCCAGACUGAUCUCUACAACGCCAAGAAAGACCUAUCUGCCUAUAUUGGCCCUCAGGCAUUGAUGAUCCCUCUGUUGGGGGCUACCACUGGUCCUCCGCCCCAGCAGGGCUGCAGGGAAGGCCAGCUUUUGAUUCGCGACCAACAUCAGCAGCAACUGUUCGAGGCUCAUCAGCAAGAGCUUGUGAGGUUCAAUAUCAAUGGGAUGGACGCCGCAGCGAGUUUGGUUAAUGGAAAUGGGUUUAAUCAGAUUCCCGCAGCUGCUGCUAGUAAAGGUGUGGUGUCUGGUUCAUUGGGUUUGGGUGGAGCUUUUGAUAAUAACCAUUAUAACCAGAUCGAACAACAAGCAGCUGCACAUCACCUGAAUUCCCUAGACCAUCAGCUUCAGGCUCAGCUGAUGUUCCAACCACACCCGGCGGCCCUGGAAUCACAGCAGAAAUCAGUAGGCGAGGAGAGUUGA